AUGAGUUCUUAUUUUGAUAAAUAUGUUCCCUAUUUACCUGAUAAACAUACUAGUAUAAACCUAUUUAUGACAUUUACCCCAUUGUUUUCUUAUGGAUCAACAUGUUAUUCAAUUUAUAAAAAACAAACAAGUUUAGGAUUUUCAAUUGAUAUAUGUGCUACUAUGUUUAUGGCCAGUAUAUUAAGAAUAUUAUAUUAUGUGACUAGUCCUUAUGAAUUGACAUUAUUAAGACAAAGUUGUGUUAUGAUUGGAAUACAGAGUCUAUUGUUAAAAAUAUCCUUAAGGUAUAGGCCCAUUAAUUAUGAUCCUGAAUUAUUAAUAAAUUUACCAAAUUUUGAAAAUGAAUUGAAUGGGAGGUUACAUAGACGAUUGAGUAGUUCUCAUGCAAUUGUAGAACAUGAAAGAUAUAAGAAUGUGCUAGAUGUAUUACAAGACUAUGCUAUACUAGCUUUAAACUAUGUUGUCACGGCUUUGAGUUUAUUUGUUAAAUUAUUUGAUGUUUAUUUUAAGAGACCUUGUUUGUUUUGGCAAUGGAAAGAGGAGAAGAAAUAUUGGAAGUAUUUAGUCUAUUUUACUGGGGUAUUUAGUGUUUUGACUUUGUUGUUGAAAGAUUCGGUGUUUUAUCUGAAUUUUAUAGGUAUUUUGGGUUUAUUUAUUGAGAGUUUAUUACCAUUACCACAAAUAUUACUUUUGACUAGGUUACAAAGUGUCAAGAAUUUUAAAAUUAUUUUGUUGUUGUCUUGGUUAGGUGGUGAUUUAACCAAAAUUUCAUAUUUAUUAUUUGGGACAAACAAUAUAUCUAUCAUCUUUAUAUUGGCUGGAUUAUUUCAAAUGAGUCUUGAUUUAAUUAUUGCUUAUCAGUAUAUUAUACUUAAAUGGUAUGGACCAUGGAAAGAGCCAUUUCUUGAUUCUGGUGAUGAUUUAAUUAACAAUUUAAUAUUAAAUAAUAAUUCAACAUCUGAAAUUGAGUUGGAUUUAUUAGAAAAACAACCCUCACCAUUGACUAAAUCAACAUCAUCAUUAAUAAUAGAGUAG